GCCCGUUCCGCCCGAUGCAUGCAUGUGUGCUUGUGUUUGCGCUUCGAUAAAGCUUAUUGAUGAUUCGUCUCUGCUGGAGGGAUCGGUCACGAAUUACUGGCUUCGAGCGUAUGUUCUCAAUUCUCUGGGCAUAAAAUUGACCAAGAUAAGUCAAGCUCGGUCGACUCAGAUUUGUUGUAGCUAUUGGCGGGCUGUGACACUGUAAGCACGUACACAUUAAAUGAUGGCUUGGCAUCUCAGUAUAGAAUAUCUCAACUGCUC